CUCUCCAUCUCGCUGCUCGUCUUGAGCUCUCCCACGUCUAAUAUCUGAGCCACCUGCGUCUGAAGUAGUGAAAGACCACGCUAACCCAAUUCCGAGAUCGCUCUGAGUCGUCGCCAUCAUGGAGGUACUUCUAGGAAUCACUGGCAAGGACUUUACCCUCAUUGCCGCUUCGAAAGCCGCUAUGCGAGGCGCCACCAUCCUGAAGGCCUCGGACGACAAGACGCGAGAACUCAACCCGCAUACGUUGAUGGCAUUUUCUGGAGAGGCUGGUGAUACUGUGCAAUUCGCCGAGUACAUCCAAGCGAACGUUCAGCUAUAUUCGAUGCGCAACGGCAUGGAGCUCUCACCUUCGGCGACCGCCAACUUCGUCAGAGGAGAGCUUGCACGAGCGCUGCGCUCAAGGAGACCCUACACCGUGAACCUGCUUCUCGGUGGAUACGACAACAUUGCGGACAAGCCUACACUGUACUGGAUCGACUACCUAGCGAGUCUGGCACCGGUGCCCUACGCGGCACAUGGAUACGCUCAGUACUACUGCCUCUCGCUUCUAGACAAGCACCACCACCCCGACAUCGACUUCGAGGAGGGCAUGAAGAUCUUGCGCAUGUGCACCGAGGAGCUCAAGCGACGUCUACCAAUCGACUUCAAAGGUGUCCUGGUGAAGGUCAUAACGAAGGAUGGCGUGAAGGAGCUGGACUACGAGGAUGACGCGAAUGUGAAAGUACCUUGAAGAGGGUAGGACGAGCAGCGAAGAUGCGUAAUGGCCGCCCCGCCCUACAAACAUGCGGUGCAUUUCCGCACCAAGCAUGACAAUCCUGUCGGUGGCAAAGGGUUAACGCCCUUCUAAGACAGCACGAGGCCUUACAAGGCUAUGUAUAGAUUGACCUUGGGACGUCUAGACGCGCAUCUUGCAAUGGCCCACAGGUUCAGUCAAUAAAUGAUUACGAAUGACGUACAAUUUCUCGUUGUGACAGAAUUUCUCAUAUAGCUGAAUACUUCUAGAGCCGUUGGUAUUCACAGUUCUAUGUCA